AUAUUUUUUUUAUUUUUAAUCAAUUGUCCUUUUAUGUAAUUUUAUAUAUUUCAAAAGCUUCCAGCUAUUUUUGCAAAACAUUCAUUUAACAAAUAAAAGUUACAGCUUCCUGCUACCAGCUACCAGCUACAUGCUACCAGCUACCCACUACCAGCUAACCGCUAUCCGCUUCCAGCUAACAACUAAUUUUGUCAAACACGCCCUUCCAUUUGUGGGGCCCAACCACACGCACUCAUGUCUACACAAAUUUGGGGUAGUUUCACCGUGCAUGUGGAAUUGUGGAUUGUGGAUCUGUGGUCAGAGAACUACUACGUGUUACACUCUACACUAUACUAGUAUUAUUCAAUCGAGAAAGAAAAAAAAAAGGAAGUGGGGUUGAUGACUUGAUGAGUUGAUUCUAUAUAUCUAAAAGAUCUCUCAUCUUCUUCAUCAAAUCAUUUUUUCCUUCUCCGAUCCUGGAUAAAACGUUUUUCAUAUGUUCAUCGUCAUAUUUCUUGGUAUACAUCCGAUACAAAAACAAGUGUGGAUUUGAAUUCAAAAUUUUAAUUCGAGUCAUACCAGAUAAACUUCAAUCCCUUGAGUAAACUUAAUUUGUCGAGUAUUUGCAGAUCAAAAUCCAUGGAGAAAAUCAGUUCAAAAAGAGUUGCAGUUGUCACCGGAGGAAACAAAGGUAUUGGACUUGAGAUUUGCCGUCAAUUGGCCUCAAACGGCGUUACGGUCGUAGUAACUGCUAGAAACGAGAAUCGAGGCAUUGAAGCUAUCGAAAAUCUCAAAGUCUCUGGCCAUGACGAUGUCGUUUUUCAUCAACUUGACGUGAAAGAUCCGAUGAGUGUUGGUCGGUUGGCCAAAUUCGUCGAAUCUCAAUUCAAAAAACUCGAUAUCUUGGUCAACAACGCAGCUGAAAGUGGAAUAAUCGUGCAGUAUGACGAAUUUAGGGCCUUCAAAGAUGGAGCAGGAUAUGAACAAGUGUUUGACGAAAAUGCACCUCUCUUAACUGGGAUUUUGGAACAACCUUACGAUUUGGGAGAAGAUUGUAUGAGAACAAAUUAUUAUGGAACUAAAGGAGUAACCGAAGCGUUUCUUCCACUUCUGCAUCUCUCUAAUUCACCAAGAAUAGUCAACGUUUCUUCCAAUUAUGGAGAACUACAUUGGAUACACAAUGAGAAGGUGAAAGCAGAGUUUCAAGAUAUUGACACUCUUAAUGAAGAUAGGAUUGAUGAGAUCAUUGAAUGGUUUUUGAGGGACUUGAAAGACAAUAAGUUGUCGGAAAACGGUUGGCCUUUGACGGUUGCUGCGUAUAAAGUGUCAAAAGCUGCAAUUAAUGGUUACACAAGGAUUUUGGCAAGAAAGUUUGGUAAUAUUCUUGUGAAUUGUGUUCAUCCAGGUUAUGUGAUAACUGAUAUCACAUCUCAUACGGGGCACUUGACCCCAGAAGAAGGUGCUAGAGCUCCGGUCAUGGUUGCUUUGUUGUCGGAUGAUGGUCCUUCUGGAGUCUAUUUCAAUCAAAUGAAUAUAUCCUCAUUUUGAUAACAUGAAAUGUUUCUAAGAAGUUGAUGAAAUUUGGUGUUUUCUUUGAAUAAAUCUAGAAAUAAUAUGAAUGUCUGGGUUUUAAAUGUUGCAAUCUAUAACUAUAUUCAACUCUAAUGUUGGGUAUAACAAGUAUUUGUGUUUGGUAUAUUUUAUUUUAAUUUAAUUUUACAAAUCCAUUUUGUCGGUAA